AAAAUUAACGGAACCGAGUUUGACGCCUAUUAAAGGUCUUAGUGUUAUUGCUAUUAUGUACACACACAUUGAACAAGUGUGGAAAAAACAGCUUCUGUAGUAUCUCGACUUUUAUCUGGGAUUGCGCCAGUGGUUCGCCGCUCGCGAUUAUCCGCUCGAAAAUUACUGGGGAUUCGUUUAUUGAUUAUCUGCGGCGGCGCUUAACGGUGCGGACUAUGAGCGAUAAGGAGAAGAAAAAGAGCACAUCGCCCGCUCCUCCCAAGCCAGGCAAACCGGAAGUGAAGACCAAAGUCUUGCAUAAACCGGAGGAAGCCGAGGGCAUCGUCCCGGUGCCGAUCCUGCGCACCUCCAGCACGCACCUCCACGACCACACCGGCCACCACGGGCACAGCCACGCCCACGCCCCGCACCACGCCCACCACCACCACACCUCCGGGACCGGGACCACCACCGCCGCCCCGGGCCAUACCGGCAGCAACAGCAGUUAUGCUUCUAAUCACAGCCACCCGCACAAGGGCGUCAGCUUCAUUGACGGAUCGGCGCCGGGCGGUAAGCAGCUGCCGGUGGUGGAGGAGCACAAGAAGAUCCCCUGCUUUGAGCCGUCCCCGGCGGCCAUCAGCAGUAAACCGCUGGACAUCCCCGAGGAGACCUGGUCGGAUCUGAUUCUGCAUAAGUGCCAUGAUGUGCGGGAGUUGAAGAAGGAGAUCAAGGAGAUUAAGCGGCACGAGGGCGAGGCGACGCCGGCAACCGCCACGGGGACGCACCGCCAUGAAUCGCGAGAGCGGCGGCAUACGCAUAAUUGAUCCGGUUUGCUCUUUGCUUUUAUUGUGAUUUUUAAAAUGUAGUUUUAAAUAACAGUAAGAAAAUGUUUUCACAUUAUUUUUGGCGGCGGCUCUCUUCAAAUUACUGGAUUUCUACAAAAUUGAAGAAUAAAUCCAAAAUUUGUCGAA